AUGGCCAGUCAACUAACUCAAAGAGGAGCCCUCUCUCUGCUGUUCUUCUUAACUCCAGCAGUGACACCAACAUGGUAUGCAGGUUCGGGCUACUAUCCAGAUGAAAGCUACAAUGAAGUAUAUGCAGAAGAGGUCCCACGGGCCCCUGCCCUGGACUACCGAGUUCCCCGAUGGUGUUAUACAUUAAAUAUCCAGGAUGGAGAAGCCACAUGCUACUCACCAAGGGGAGGAAAUUAUCACAGCAGCCUGGGCACACGUUGUGAGCUCUCUUGUGAUCGGGGCUUUCGACUGAUUGGACGAAGGUCGGUGCAAUGCCUGCCAAGCCGCCGUUGGUCUGGAACUGCCUACUGCAGGCAGAUGAGAUGCCACGCACUGCCAUUGAUCACUAGUGGCACUUACACCUGCACAAAUGGGGUGCUUCUUGACUCCCGCUGUGACUACAGCUGUUCCAGUGGCUACCACCUGGAAGGUGACCGCAGCCGAAUUUGCAUGGAAGACGGGCAGUGGAGUGGAGGCGAGCCUGUAUGUGUAGACAUAGAUCCCCCCAAGAUCCGUUGUCCUCACUCACGUGAGAAGAUGGCAGAGCCAGAGAAACUGACUGCUCGAGUAUACUGGGACCCACCCUUGGUGAAAGAUUCUGCUGAUGGUACCAUCACCAGGGUGACACUUCGGGGACCUGAGCCUGGCUCUCAAUUUCCCGAAGGAGAGCAUGUGAUUCGUUAUACUGCCUAUGACCGAGCAUACAACCGGGCCAGCUGCAAGUUCAUCGUGAAAGUACAAGUGAGACGCUGCCCAACUCUGAAACCACCGCAGCAUGGCUACCUCUCCUGCACUUCAGCGGGGAACAACUAUGGUGCUGUCUGUGAAUACCACUGCGAUGGAGGUUAUGAGCGCCAGGGGACCCCCUCCCGGGUCUGCCAAUCCAGCCGCCAGUGGUCAGGAUCACCACCUAUCUGUGCUCCUAUGAAGAUUAAUGUCAAUGUCAACUCGGCUGCUGGCCUUCUGGAUCAGUUCUAUGAGAAACGGCGGCUCCUCAUCAUCUCAGCUCCUGAUCCCUCCAACCGAUAUUAUAAAAUGCAGAUCUCUAUGCUACAGCAAUCCACCUGUGGACUGGAUCUGCGACACGUGACCAUCAUUGAGCUGGUGGGGCAGCCACCUCAGGAGGUGGGGCGCAUCCGGGAGCAACAGCUGUCAGCGGACAUCAUCGAGGAACUCAGGCAAUUUCAGCGCCUCACUCGCUCCUACUUCAACAUGGUGUUGGUUGACAAGCAGGGUAUUGACCGAGAACGCUACAUGCAACCUGUCACCCCCGAGGAAAUCUUCACAUUCAUUGAUGACUACCUACUGAGCGACCAGGAGUUGACCCAGCGCCGGGAGCAAAGGGACGUAUGCGAGUGA